AUGCAUGCCACGCCGUCUAUGAAACUUCCCACCCUUGCUGGAUUCCCUCCCAGCGAACUUCCAUUCCCCAAUCCGCUUAUAUCAAAUCCUACUGUCACUACUUUUUCACCUGCUGAUGAACAAGAAAAUAUGGCUUCCGCUCAAUCCGAUGAGUCGGAGCCCCCUUUGAAGAAAGUCCGAACUUCGACUCCUCCUACUCAAGAUGCCUUUCAACCGUUCCCCACCAUGGCCGUGCAAGAUUCUCACAAACCUGGCGUUCGUCCAUUCAAUUCACAGAUCACGGUUUCAAAUGAUAUUCAGGCCCUUCAGGGGCUUCAGAGGGAGCCAUACCUGGGAGGGAGCAUCAGCACCUCCAACGACUCGGUUACAUCUACCUCUUUCACUUCCUUCGAGGCAGGAAAGUCAUCAACUCCACCGACUACUCCUGCACAGUCCUUACCUAUGUCGUCUUCAUCUACAGGUGUGAGUGUGUUGGAGAGCAAAAAGAUUGAUUUAUCUAAAUGCCGGCCUCGUUCAUCCAUUCCACCCAAGUUGAAGCCUGCCGUGUAUGGCCAGCAGUGUGUAGCUGCUGCAUGGUCAUCGCGUCUCAACCCAUAUGCUCUACACGAAAAAGAACAAGAAGCUUUACAAGAUCAUCUUUGUCAUUUGCAUGUUACUCUGUACUUGAACAUCCGAAACGGCAUUUUACGUCUUUGGACGCGCAACCCCAUGGUCGGUGUCACUAGAGAAGAAGCUCUCGGGUGUGCCAAGGACUAUCGCUGGAUGAAUCUGGCUUCUUUCGCUUUUGACUGGCUUGCGCGCAGCGGAUACAUCAAUUUCGGCUGUGUUGAGGUCCCCAUGCCGUUUGUGCCUCCACGACGAGGUCGCCGGAAGGAAGGACCUGUGAUCUUGGUUGUAGGAGCCGGUGUUGGAGGCCUGGGCUGUGCGCGGCAGCUUGAAGGGCUCUUUCGCCACUACCGCGAUUCGGAUACUGCCCCACGAGUCAUCGUUAUUGAGGGCCGUCAAAGAAUUGGUGGACGAGUUUAUUCGCACCCAUUGCAGAGUCUCAAAUCUCGGAUGUUACCCAAGGGCCUCGUUCCGAAGGUGGAGAUGGGUGCGCAGAUCAUUGUUGGAUUUGAUUAUGGGAAUCCUCUGGACGCCAUUGUUCGCGGCCAAUUGGCCCUUCAUUACCACUUCCUUCGCGAUAUUUCUACUAUUUAUGACGUCGACGGUUCCCCUGUCCACGAAUUGCAAGAUGCAAUGGCUAACAAACUUCACAAUGAUGUUCUGGAGCGAACUGGACUUUAUCGCCAUCAGAAAACUGUCAAGACGACCGCCGAGGGUGACCAAGACCGGAUCGACAAUGGAAAAGAAUCAACGUCAGAUGAUGGCCUCACAGUUCGACAAUGGGAAGAUGCACGUGCAGCAGGCACAACUGAUCUCCUGGUUCCUACAAAGCGAGUUCGUCGCCGGCACGGAGUAGGGCAUAAAACGGCGGACAUUAAACCGACCAACAACACAGUAAUGGAACUUGAGGGUCCUUCAAAAGAAUAUCCUGCAGCUUUGGCUGCUCAGGCAAUGGGAUGGAAGCUGAACCCUGGUUUUUCAGCACAUGACACACUUGAUUUGGACCCGAUCGUCAGCGCCUCUAAGGCACAAACCCUAGGUGCCGUGAUGGACGAAGGAAUUAAGCAGUAUGAAGCCAUGCUGCCUCUGACACCGAAGGAUAUGCGACUAUUGAACUGGCACCUUGCGAAUCUUGAGUACGCCAACGCCUCCAAUAUCGAUAAGCUAAGUCUGUCGGGAUGGGAUAUGGAUUAUGGAAACGAAUUUGAUGGAGAACAUUCAUCAGUGAUUGGAGGCUACCAGCAGUUGCCCUACGGGUUGUAUUCGCUACCCACCAAGCUGGAUGUCCGGACCAAUAAAAUCGUACACAAUAUUACUUACGACGCGACGGGAUCUGAGAACAAGAAAGCGGUUGUACAAUGCGCAGAUGGAGAUACAUUCACGGCGGACCAUGUGGUAUUCACUGGCUCUCUCGGCACACUGAAACAUCAGACCAUUCAGUUUUCUCCUCCUCUUCCAGACUGGAAGCAGGGUGCCAUUGAGCGACUAGGCUUUGGCGUAAUGAACAAAGUUGUCCUGGUAUUCGAUGCGCCAUUCUGGGACACCGAACGUGAUAUGUUCGGCCUCCUUCGCGAGCCUACCUCAUUCGAGAGCAUGGACCAGAAAGACUACGCCACCAACCGUGGCAGAUUCUACCUAUUUUGGAACUGCAUCAAGACGACGGGCCUGCCAACUCUCGUCGCUCUCAUGGCAGGCGACGCUGCACACCAGACAGAGAUCAUGCCAGACGCGGAAAUCAUCGCUGAAGUCCUUUCGCAACUCCGUAACGUUUUCAAACAUGCCGCCGUUCCUGAUCCCCUCGAGACAAUCGUCACUCGCUGGGCCUCGGACCCGUUCACCCGUGGCAGCUACUCUUACGUCGCGGCAGGCGCACUGCCCGAAGACUACGAUCUUAUGGCACGAAAGGUGGGCAACCUGCAUUUUGCAGGCGAAGCAACUUGCGGAACCCAUCCUGCCACCGUCCACGGUGCCUACCUGUCCGGUCUCCGAGCCGCCUCGGAGAUCAUCGAGGAUGUCAUCGGCCCGAUCGAGAUCCCGGUGCCCCUCGUACCGGAGAAGCCAAGCACCAGCUUGACCGCAACUCCCGCCAGCACGAGCAGUAGUGCGCCGAAGCGCGCAGCGCCGACCUCAUCUUCACGAGACCCCAAUAUUGGCGAGAAGCAGCGCCGCGCCACCUACGACCAGGCCAUGUGGGCGGCGAUCUACGCCGAGCUCGGCCCAACCCCUACCUGCCCGCCUAAGGUGGGGCGUAACCCGUUCCUGUUAUACCAGAAGGACUUCUGGAAUACGUGCAAGGAGCAGUGUGACAACGCUCGAAGGGUUGCGACGAAUAAUCCGAACGCUAAGGCCUCCCGUGACGAUGUGCGCGCCGCCCUCGGCCUCAUGUGGCGCAAUGCCGCCCAGGCUGAGAAGCAGCCGUACAUCGAUAGAGUCGACAACACUCGCCAGCAGCAUGAGGUGGCGUUCGGCGCAUUCCAGAUAGCGGCGAACGAGUGGAAUCGGCGGUCGUUUGAGGUGAAGGACCGGUGGUGCGCGGAGAACCCCUACGAGGGGUGGAAGACGCCGGAGGAGGCGUCUACGGCCUGA